AUAUGUCACAGCAAUGUGACAGAUGAAACAUUCAGCUGUCGCCGUCUUCACAGCGAACACGUGGAACCACGUACAGGUAUGCAGCAAACAUCAUAUUAAACUAGGGAAGAUGAGGAAGAUGCAGCUGUUGACAACGCUGGUGGCUGCUGUGCUGCUGUCAUCUGGGGCCGACGGGUGCCCGCCCUACGUGGAACUUGAGACGACCACAACCUACAACUACCAGUCCCUUCACCAACAGGGUGUGGAGUUAACGCCUGGAGCCACGUCGUUCAAGUUCAAGGUCCGUGCAUCAAACGAUGCUCACGUGGCCCUGCUACAGGAAGAUGGAGUAACCAAUCGGAACAUAUACGAGAUUGUGAUUGGUGGAUGGGGUAACACCCAAUCAGUGGUCAGAACAGGCAUGCAACACGCCAACAGGGUGACAGCUCAACACCGACCACUGAGUGCAACUCAGUUCCGUGAUUUCUGGAUUUCUUGGGAUAGCGGUGUGAUCUCUGUUGGAACUGGGACGGCUGUUGGCGCUGGGGGGUUCAUGUCGUGGACAGACCCCUCCCCUCACCCCGUCAGGUACAUCGCUGUGUCUACUGGAUGGGGGUCAACGGGUCUGUGGCGGUUUGCUCCACCUUUGGAUGUCUCACUCACGACGGAUACAGUUUACCAAUAUCAGUCUCUUCACAGUCUGGGUGUGGAUUUGGCUCCUGAAGCCACAUCCUUUACGUUCAAGGUCCGUGCAUCAAACGAUGCUCACGUGGCCCUGCUACAGGAUGAUGGAGUAACCAAUCGGAACAUAUACGAGAUUGUGAUUGGCGGAUGGAGAAACACCCAAUCAGUGAUCAGAACAGGCAUGGGGCAUGACAUCAGGGUGACAGCUCGCCACCAACCUCUGAGUGCAACUCGGUUCCGUGAUUUCUGGAUUUCUUGGGAUAGCGGUGAGAUCUCUGUUGGAACUGGCACGGCUGUUGGAGCUGGGAGGUUCAUGUCGUGGACAGACCCCUCCCCUCACCCCGUCAGGUACAUCGCUGUGUCGACUGGAUGGGGGUCAACGGGUGUGUGGAGGUUUGAGCCCAACGUUCCAUCAGCUUGUCUGGAAACGGGUGACGACUACCACUACCAUUCCCUCGAGAAUCUCGGUUUUCAACUCAACGGACAAACAUCCUUCACCUUCUGGGUAAAGACCACUAAUGACGCUCACAUCGCGUUGCUUAGCAACAGAGACAACUACGAUCACAGCAUGAUCGAAAUCGUCAUAGGAGGCUGGCGAAACACCAUGUCCGUCAUCAGAAACAGGAAGCAAGGACCACAUCUUGCUUCUGUGGACCACACGCCACUUUCUGGAAGCAAGUACCAGCCAUUCUGGAUAAGCUUCAGUGGUAGAAGGAUCGCCGUAGGUUCUGGCAGCGUGGUCGGGAGACGUACCUUCCUGUCGUGGACAGACCAAUCAAUAACACAGAUCAGAUACGUGAGCGUCGCCACUGGAUGGGGGGCCACAGGAAAAUGGAUUUUCUAGCCAGUCGAUCCACAGAAGACAAUAUGACUUUUCACUAUUGUCAGCACCUGAGCACCUGGCCCCAGCUGUAGGCAAAUGCAUAAACAUGCACUCCAAUUCAUAGACACAUAAUACAGUCUUCACAACAUGGUGGAUAAUGAUGUUUCUGCUAAUUCUGUUUUGAACAGAUUUAUUCUUUAUCUGAAAUAGAAAUCCAAUAAUUCCUAAUAUUCUUCACAAUUAUUGUAUUCCAUGUAGUUACAUUAUCCUCGUUCGUGUUGUUAUUACAGUAUAUAAGUUGUUUUGUACUGAAAUAAACUGACUGCAAUGUAGAAAAGCUUGUGUUAUACCAAAUAACAUUGGUGUGAGGUAUACUUUAUACCGUAGUCAACAUGGCUGCUUUUGUCGGAGUAUGACCUUGACUUUUUAUAUCUACCACGGAGUCAUGUUAGUUAAACUACAUUAUCUUACCUCACACAUAAA